AGCUAAGCUAAAGAAGAUCGUCCUCGGCCUGGUGGCUGCUAGAGACCUCUCCGGUUCCGUUUCAUGCUUCUACAAUAGUAAAAUUGCUACGUGUAUAUACAGUGCUUCGGAAAUAUGUCGGAAAGCGAUGACUCUUCUGACUUGACCAGAUCAAGUUCUCCGGUUCAUCGCAAAAAAAAGCACAGCAUGGAGUCAUCUAGAUCUCCAAGAAUGUCCAAACAUCACCAUUCACGAUCGAGGUCACGUUCCAGGGACAGAAAACGUGACAGAAAAUACAGAAGAAGUCGCAGCAGGAGCAAAGAGGCACGAAAGAGGGACUCUGAGAAGCCAUCAAAAUCUUGUAGAAAAACAAAUGAUCUGCAAGAGCAGGAGAGACGCUCGACAGAGAAUGGAGAGGAGCGGUCCCGGCGCAAGGAAAAGGGGUCUUUAAGAAGCCGAAGCUUAUCCAGGUCGCACUCAAGAGAGAGGCGGCACCACAGCAAAAGCAGGGACCAGCGACGAUCACGAUCACGCAGCAGGGACAAGAGGAGGAAGAAUAGGUCCCGUUCAGGUUCGAGGACCAAACACCGUCAUCAUAGCAAAAGUCGUAGCAGGAGCAAAGAUCGAAAGAAGAGGAGUGAGAAAGUGAACAAAAAGAGUCGAAGUAGGUCUGUUAGUCCCCUGAUUUUCCGCGGUCGAAACAAAGCUAUGGAUGCACAAGAGGCUCUAGCCAGAAGACUAGAGAGAGCCAAGAAACUGCAGGAGCAGAAAGAAAAGGAAAUGCAUGAGAAAAAGCACCAACAACAGCAGGAAAUGGCUUCAGCUGUGACAGCCCCCAUUGCAGCAGCGGCUUCCUCAAAUCCAGUCCUCAAUGUGGCAGCCCUUUUGGCCUCCGGAACACAAGUCACGCCUCAGAUUGCCAUGGCUGCACAGAUGGCAGCACUUCAAGCUAAAACACUGGCUGAGACGGGUAUUUCAGUGCCCAGCUUUUAUAACCCAUCCGCUGUAAAUCCCUCCAAGUUUGCAGAACAGGAGAAAAAGAGGAAAAAACUGUGGCAGGGAAAGAAGGAAGGGGAAAAAUCUCAAACAGCAGAAUUGUGGGAGAAACUAAACUUUGGAAACAAGGACCAGAAUGUUAAAUUUCGGAAACUGAUGGGCAUUAAGCAGGGUGAGGAUGAGGAGGCUGAAGUUUCCAAACCACUUAAUGAUGAAGGCAUAAAGACUCUGCAGAAACAAGAGGAGAUGUUUAGGAACCUUGAUGUACAGUAUGAGAUGGCACGGUCUCAGACACACACUCAGAGAGGAAUGGGCCUCGGCUUUACCACCUCGUUCUCUCGAGGAAUGGACUCUGUUUAGUGCCAAACACCAACAAUCGCGUCCUCCCUUCAUUUAAAACCACCAAAUCAUUGCUAGCUCUCAAGCUUGCAUGGAUGUUGCUUUGAAUCUGUAAUUUAUUUAUAGACAGAAGUUCCACAUAUUGUAACAUUAUAAUGUAAAUAGAAUGAUGCUGAGUUUGUCUCGGUAUUUAUUAAUCUGUACAUCAUUGUAAAAGUAAGCAUCAUGUUUACUGAUGCAGGGUAGUUUUUGGUUUUUUGUUUUGGAAGAA